GUUUAGUACCCAUGCCACGCAGCCUGAAUAGUCAAGCGCCUAUAUGUUGCGCAGCCAUCUGCGUAGCCCGCAGUCGCUAUCAUUAUAUAACUUUGGUUCUCUUCAACGCCUAGAGUAGCGCCAAAAUGGUCUUGCUCGAUAAAUACUUCGAUGAAACCGACUGCAAUGAAGUCGACUUACCACCUUCUUACGACACCAUCGCCUCUGUUUCUACCAACAUAGAUGAGAAACCUCGUCCUUCGCCGGCACCAACUGCCCGUCCUACAGCUCCUCCAUCUUCCUCAACGUGGCUCUCCCUCCUUCCUGAUACUCGUACCAAACAAACACGCCAAACUGUCAUCUCCCUCAUUCGCGACCUCGUUGCCACCACCACCACUGAUAACUCUGCUGCUACCCCAAUCCUAGCUUCAUGUGCUUCUGCCCUAUCUCCCCCAUCCUUCUCUACCCUCCUCCAACAACCCACCUUGGAAGGACACACUCCCAUCUACUGGGCCAUUCUCAAUCGCCACACCGACAUACUCCCUGACAUGCUCCAAUACGCAGGUCCACUCAACAAUGCCUGUGUUACAGACAUUCGCCUUGCUUGUCUUGCGAGCGGCAAUCAGCUUUUGUUUGGGAAGCUUCGUAGAGGAGAGCUUCCGUUUCAAACUACUCUCAGAGCAGAUGCCCUCGUUCUAGGUUCCACAUCCGCAGAUGACAUCAAUGUCCACGAGGUUGACGGUGAAGCUGCCUUCAGCGCAUCUAUCAAAAUCCGUCUCUGGCAGAAACGAAUGCGCGUCGCUGGUUUGGUAGGUGUGGAGUUUAUUGCGCGAGGACGCAUAUGGUCACUCACUUUCUUCUCCGCUCCCUCCCCUUCUCCCUUAUCCAGUUCUCAUCCAAAUCAUGGUGCAGGGAGCGGACCAUGGCAAGUCGCACUCAGUCUUAUGGAGCACAGCCCGCCUACAUUCGUAGAUGGAAGACUCGUCAUUGACGUUUCUCGUCCUCUUUCAUCCUCAAUACCAGACUCACUCUCCUCCGAAUCAUUUUCGCCCACCAAUUCAAGGCAUCCAUCUCUUCUCUCAACACCAGUACCUACCUCCCCUACCCACGCAAGACCGCCCGUCGUCAUACCACUUCGAUCUACCAAUCGACUUGCCCAUCGUACGUCAGAUGGGGGUGUAUUUAGUGUGUUGGAGCUCAGGUGGGGUGGUGUUGGUCCUAGACCUCCAAAACCAGCUGCGUGGUCCGAUGAAGGAAAGCAGUAUACAAAUGCGUUGAUUGGAGUGUUGAGCGACGAUCUUGGGUGGGACAACACACCCCACCUCACACCCGACGGCACCCUGCACGCACGACUGGAUGCAAGACUUGAGAAAGCGGAGGGUGGGAGCUGCAUCAUUUGUUAGCAGUUGGAUCUGGGAUGCGUCGGUACUAAUGACAGAGUGCGCUGUGAGCGGACUCCCUCCCCUGGCAUGCAAGAUGCCAUACGGGUCUUAUCCAAAUCAUGUAGAGUCCUGAAAUGCACCGACACGUUGCUGGUUAGCACUCGUUGGCUGCUGUACGCAUUCCGGAUUACCCGCGUCCCGAGUGCGUUUGAAGUAGAUGUUUAUCGGACGCACGAGGAGCGAGGAUGCGAUGCUUAUGCUGCCGUUGUUAAUGUGCAUCG